CAGAUUUUACGACGUUACGUCAUGGUCUGGCCAAUGGGCAGCGGGGAUGGGCGUGUCCACAGCCUCUGCGCUUCCCUUGAGCCGGAGCAGCGUGGAUCGAAGCGGUGUUUCGAGGAGCUGUUACUGGUUCAUUAUACAGGAGCAGCGACUUAUAGAGCUGAUUCACCAUGGACUCCUCCCUGAGUGCAGCUCAGAUACGCCAGAAGUUCAUCGACUUCUUCCGGCGCCAUGAGCACCAGUACGUCCACUCAUCGGCCACCAUCCCGCUGGACGACCCCACGCUGCUGUUCGCCAACGCCGGCAUGAACCAGCUGCGCCGGGCCGCCAACACCCAGAAGUGCAUCCGCGCCGGGGGCAAGCACAACGACCUGGACGACGUGGGCAAAGAUGUCUACCACCACACCUUCUUUGAGAUGCUGGGCUCCUGGUCCUUCGGGGACUACUUUAAGCUCUUGACCAUCAUAAAUGAAGGCCCAGCCUUACACAGAGCAGGAGUGAAUGGUGUUUGUGUUGUCUUUGGAGCUGAGGAGCAGCGGGUGGACGAGGCUCGCAUCCUGCCCGGCAGCAUGAAGGACAACUUCUGGGAGAUGGGAGACACGGGCCCCUGCGGGCCCUGCAGCGAGAUCCACUACGACCGCAUCGGCGGCAGAGACGCCUCUCACCUGGUCAACAUGGACGACCCCAACGUGCUGGAGAUCUGGAACCUGGUCUUUAUCCAGUUCAACAGAGAGUCGGAGACGGAGCUGAAGCCGCUGCCUAAGAAGAGCAUCGACACGGGGAUGGGUUUGGAGCGCCUGGUGUCCGUUCUGCAGAGCAAGAUGUCCAACUACGACACCGACCUCUUUGUCCCCUAUUUUGAGGCCAUUCAGAAGGGUACGGGGGCGCGGCCCUACACCGGGAAGGUCGGCGCCGAGGACUCCGACGGCAUCGACAUGGCCUACCGCGUGCUGGCCGACCACGCCCGCACCAUCACCAUCGCGCUGUCGGACGGCGGCCGGCCCGACAACACGGGCAGAGGCUACGUGCUGCGGAGGAUCCUGCGCCGGGCCGUCCGAUACUCGCACGAGAAGCUGGGGGCCCAGAGGGGCUUCUUCGCCUCGCUGGUGGACGUGGUGGUCGAUUCCCUGGGUGAAGCCUUCCCAGAGCUGAAGAAGGACCCGGAGAUGGUCAAAGAUGUCAUCAACGAGGAGGAGGAGCAGUUCCUGAAAACCCUCAGCAGGGGGCGCCGCAUCCUGGACAGGAAGAUCAUGAGUCUGGGGGAUUGUAAAACCAUCCCUGGUGACACAGCCUGGCUGCUGUACGACACCUAUGGCUUCCCCCUGGACCUGACCUCCCUCAUCGCCGAGGAGAAGGGGAUGGAGGUGGACCUGGCUGCCUUUGAGGAGGAGAAGAAGUCGGCCCAGCUGAAGUCUCAGGGCCGCGGGGCCGGAGACGAGGACCACAUCAUGCUGGACAUCUACGCCAUCGAGGAGCUGAGGAACCGGCAGAUUGCCGCCACCGACGACUCCCCGAAGUACCAGUACAGCUCCGAUGCCGCCGGCCGCUACGAGUUCCAGCAGGUGGAGGCCACCGUGCUGGCGCUGCGGCGCGACCGCGCCUUCUGCCAGGAGGUGACCACGGGCCAGGACUGCGGCGUGCUGCUGGACCGCACCGCCUUCUACGCCGAGCAGGGCGGCCAGACGUUCGACGAGGGCUACAUGCUGCGCCAGGAGGACGACGCCGAGGACAGAACUGAGUUCACGGUGAAGAACACGCAGGUGCGGGGGGGCUACGUCCUGCACGUGGGCGCCGUCUACGGGACGCUGCGGGUGGGCGACCGCGUCACGCUGCACGUGGACGAGGCUCGCCGGCGGCCCGUCAUGAGCAACCACACCGCCACGCACAUCCUGAACUUCGCGCUGCGCGGCGUGCUGGGCGAGGCCGACCAGAGGGGCUCGCUGGUCGCCUCCGACCGCCUGCGCUUCGACUUCACCGCCAAAGGCGCCCUGAGCACCGGCGAGAUCCGCCGCACCGAGGAGAUCGCCUGCGCCAUGAUCAAGGACGCCAAGCCCGUGUACGCCAUGGACGCUCCUCUGGCGGCGGCCAAGGCCAUCCAGGGGCUGCGCGCCGUGUUCGACGAGACCUACCCCGACCCCGUCAGGGUGGUGUCCAUCGGCGUCCCCGUCCAGGAGCUGCUGGACGACCCCAGCAGCGCCGCCGGCGCCCUCACCUCCAUCGAGUUCUGCGGCGGAACCCACCUGCAGAACUCGGCCCACGCCGCGCCGUUCGUCAUCGUCUCCGAGGAGGCCAUCGCUAAGGGCAUCCGCCGCAUCGUCGCGGUAACGGGGGCAGAGGCCCAGAAGGCCCAGAGGAAGGCCGACGCCCUCCGCCAGUCGCUGUCCUCGCUGGCAGAGAGAGUCCAGCAGCAGACCUCCCCCAACAAGGACGUCCAGAAGGAGAUCGCAGACGCCACCGAGUCCCUAGGCACCGCCGUCAUCUCCCAGUGGCAGAAGGACGAGAUGCGGGAGGCCCUGAAGGGCCUGAAGAAGACGAUGGACGACCUGGACCGCAGCUACAAGGCCGACAUCCAGAAGCGCGUCCUGGAGAAGACGAAGGAGGUGAUCGAGAGCAGCCCCAACCAGCCGCUGCUCGUCAUGGAGAUGGAGACCGGCGCCUCGGCAAAGGCUCUGAACGAGUCUCUGAAGCUGCUGAAGUCUCAGUCCCCUCAGACCGCCGCCAUGCUCUUCACCGUCGACCCCGACGCCGGAAAAAUCACCUGCCUGUGCCAAGUCCCUCAGGAUGUGGCCAACCGGGGCCUGAAGGCCAGCGAGUGGGUGCAGGAGCUCUGCCCCCUGCUGGACGGCAAGGGCGGCGGCAAAGACAUGUCUGCCCAGGCCACCGGCCGGAACACGCACAGCCUGCAGGAGGCGCUGCAGACCGCCAGCCAGUUCGCACGCCUCCGGCUGGGGGAGAACUGAGGGCCCCGGGGUCCCCGCUCGACUCGGCCAGCAGCAAACAGCCACUCGUAGCUCUGGGAUUUGAACCCACAGCCUGGAUGGAGCUCCACCAAACGACACCUUUUCUGAACCAUCAGUUCUGCUGCCUGCUGAGCGGAGCGGAGGGGAAGGGGUUUGGCUUCGGCCUCCUGUUGGUUCUGCACAGCCCAGAUCAAAAAACAGAAACUGACCCGCCACCUCACUGGACCCCCGCUCGCCGUCCAGCUCGGCCCCGAGCACCGCGCCCCCCCCCCGGCCGGAGGAGCCCAUCCGGUUCUCCCUGGCUGGGCUGGAGCUGUUGAUGCUGGAGCUGAGCCACAACAAGCCUGCGUUUAACCCGACAAAUAGUUCCUAACUGUAAAGUGAUCAUGGUCUGUCAUUGUAGUUGCUAUAGAAACGAUGGGGAUGAAUAAAUGUGACUGGGAAAAGCGA